GUUGCAGUAAAUGGGACAUCCGGCAGAAGGUUUGGGAUUAUAUAGAGAAGAAUAAUCUGGCCGAUUUUCCCCGACCCGUCCACCAUCGCAUCCCCAACUUCAAGGGGGCUGCACAAGCCUGUGAGAGGUUGAAGGGCUUGCAGGAGUUCCAGGGGGCGACGAACGUUAAGAUAAACCCCGACACGCCGCAGAAGAACGCACGCUUCCUCACGCUGGAAGCUCGCAAGACCUUGUUGGUCCCCACACCUCGCCUCCGCUCCGGCCUCUUCAACAAGAUCACCCCUCCCCCUGGGGCCACCAAAGAGGUUCUGAGGAUCUGCGCCACCUCACAGGGUGUUCGGAAUUACAGCGUUCCCCUGGGGCUGGACGCAGCAGUGCAGGUGGAUCUGAUAGUUGUGGGUUCCGUGGCGGUGUCAGAAAAAGGGUGGCGGAUCGGAAAAGGAGAGGGGUUUGCAGACAUGGAAUACGCCAUGAUGGUGGCCAUGGGGGCGGUGACGGAUCAAACCAUCGUAGUCACUGUUGUUCAUGACUGUCAGGUGCUCGAUAUCCCAGAGGAGCUGCUGGGUGACCAUGACCUGACCGUAGACUACAUCCUGACACCCACCCGGGUCAUAAAGACGGACUGUGCUCGCCCCAAGCCAACAGGGAUCAUUUGGUCUAAGAUAAGCCAUGAGAUGAUGGAGAAAAUUCCGAUCCUGAAGAAACUUUGGGACAAAGAACGGCGUCUGGGGAAAGACGUGACGCUGAAAGAUGAGCCGGAUUCUUCAGUGAAGAGCACCAAUCAUACCUCCCCCUCCCCACACACCAACGGAGAGGCUCGCCCUCCACCUGUGCCACCAAAGCCCGCCGACCACAAAGACAGCGCCGCCGUCUACAUCGGCGAUAUCCCUUCUACUACACGGGUCAGUGAACUGAAGAGUAUAUUGAGAAGCCGGGACGCCUUCCCCCUCCAGCUCACCUGGCAGGGAGCCCAGCGCAGAGCCUUUCUGAACUACAGCGACCCCGCCCAUGCACAAGUUGUGCUGGAAAAGCUGGAAGGAUUAAAUAUUGGGGGUCACCCUGUACGGGUGGAGAUGGCUAGAGGUCAGCGGAACAGAGGGGGCCUAGGUGAGGAGCAGAGCAUGUAAGUUAGGAAAAUCGGUACAUCUCAUUGGAUGCCUACAGACUGCAUUGCUAAAGUUGGUGCAUACUGACCUAUAGAAGCUCGUACAGCUCUGCCCGCUUCCUGUGCGCAUGCAUGGGGAGACGAGAGGUUUGUUGGUACAGCACUCACGUGCCGUUAUGGACUGCCGUCUAAAUACGGUCAUUCGUUUUUCAUCCAUGUAUUGCUGCAGCUCUACCCCUCCGCCUACUGUAAGGAGUGAUCCUGGAACACGCCUGCUGGUAAUGUCUCCGCCUACUGUAAGGAGUGAUCCUGGAACACGCCUGCUGGCAAUGUCUCCGCCUACUGUAAGGAGUGAUCCUGGAACACGCCUGCUGGUAAUGUCUCCGCCUACUGUAAGGAGUGAUCUUGGAACACGCCUGCUGGUAAUGUCUCCGCCUACUGUAAGGAGUGAUCCUGGAACACGCCUGCUGGUAAUGUCUCCGCCUACUGUAAGGAGUGAUCCUGGAACACGCCUGCUGGCAAUGUCUCCGCCUACUGUAAGGAGUGAUCCUGGAACACGCCUGCUGGCAAUGUCUCCGCCUACUGUAAGGAGUGAUCCUGGAACACGCCUGCUGGCAAUGUCUCCGCCUACUGUAAGGAGUGAUCCUGGAACACGCCUGCUGGCAAUGCCGGAGCACACUCUGCAGACUCUCACCUAUUCAAGCGUGAUGUAAAAAA